UGUGACGUCAGGGUCUCCCCUGGUGACGAAGAGGAGCGGGAUGCACUGGUGGCUCGUCACCGUCCUGGGGGUGCUGAGCAGACCCAGCGUGGGGGCCGGGACGUGGGGCUGCCCACCCGGCACGGAGCCCUCCGGGGCGUCCGGCUCGCCGGGGACGUGCCGAGCGUGUCCCCCCGGCACCUUCUCACCGGGGGACGCAUCCUGCUCCGCUCACACCCGCUGCCGGGCCAGGAACAGGAUCCUGGUGGCACCGGGGACGGCGGUGACCGACAGCCGCUGCGGAGCGUGUCUGCCGGGGUUUUACAGCCCUGAAGGGGAGAGGGAGCCCCGGGGUUGGUGCUUGCCCUGUGCUGCUGCUCCCCGCAACACCCCGGGGUGCUCAGGCCGGCGGCGAGCCCGCAGCCCUGAAACGCUGGGCUGGCUGCCAGGGACCAACGGGACACGGGUGCCCUUGAUGGGUGAGGAAGAGGAGGAAAAGGAGGAGGCGGCGGCGCAGGCGGCUGUGCUGACCAUCGUCCCGGUUUUUUGCGCCAUGGGGUUGUUGGGCAUCCUGGUGUGCAACCUGCUGAAGAGGAAGGGCUCCCAGUGCGCCACCAGCAAGGAGCCCCAGCCCGGUGGCACUGGUCCCAGCUCCAUCUACCAGCUGGAGGACGCCAACGAGGACACCAUUGGGGUGCUGGUGCGGUUGAUCACCGAGAAGAAAGAAAACGCUGCGGCGCUGGAGGAGCUGCUGAAGGAGCAUCGUGGCCAACAGCUGAUGCCACCGGGCUGCGCCCCCCCAAAUAAGCUGCACCUCCUGCCUCAGUUUCCCCCUGCCUGCCAGCACCAGCAGCACCUCCACACGGUGCAGGGUCCGGCCCCGUGCACCCGCUGCAGCCAGAAAAAGUGGCCUCAGGUGCUCAGGGCCCCCAAAAUCCCCAAACCCGGGGGUCGUCCCAGCGAGGUCACCAUCCUCUCCAUCGGCAGGUUUCAGGUGUCCCGGAUCCCCGAGCUGAGGAGCGAGGUGGGGGGAGACCCCCCCCGAGGUCCCCUCCCCGCCGGCAGCGGGGUGAGGCCCCCAUGGUGGAAAAGCACCGACGGCCCCUCCGAGCUGGCACCUGGCCUGGGGGCUGCCUCGGGGGGACGGUGACACCCACGAAGACCCCACGGCGGGGACAGAGGACAUUGGGCACCGUGUGAAAGCCAGUCCCGCUCGGAGUCGUGAAGUGCUGGAGGUUAGCAGCUUGGCUUCUGCUCCUUCCACCAAGGUGGCCACCAGCAACACAGCAAAUCUGACGUGUUGCCCAGUUGGUGAGAAGGAUCCCCUGUCCCCGAGGUCCGGUGGUGGCCACGGCAUGGUGGCCCGAUGGAGGGCAUCUCCGGGAGCCAUGACACCGGUGGUGGUGGCCACAGUGUGGUGGCCAGCCGGAGAGCGUCACCGGGAGCCGUGAUGCUGGAGCACAGCUCCGCGGGAGGUACCACGCAAUGGAGGACGUCGUGCAGCCAGGAUGCCGUUUCAUGGUCACCCUCUGGGUCUGCUGAACCUGCUCCAGGAACAUCAUGAGCUCUUGAUUUCCCUCCAUCACCAGGUGCCAGCGCUCAACAUCGCCGGCUAAUGCCAGUCGCUGGCUCAUGGGCCAACUCCCACCUUACCAACAACCCAACCGGGGCAUGGGUUGCUCUGGCCAAAGGUCGUCUCCUGCAUCUACAGGUCCUCUCGCCAAAGUCAUAAUCAACCCACGAGAACAGGGUGGUGAUGUUCUUCUCACCCUGAAGAUCACACACUCCCCUUUCCAUAGGAGCUGUGUCUAUAGGAUCACGUUGGCUUGGCCACGUUUGGGUCAGUGGGACAACCCACCCAAGGUUGAGUGAGUUGGAGACCAUCAAGCUCCACCCAAGGUUGAGUUGGAGACCAUCAAGCUCCACCACCAACCUAGAAAUGGGAUUAUGGCCAGUCCUGUUCGCUUCAUCAACACAUCACCGCACUGAAAAACCAACCACCAAACCCUCUCGGGCUCUUUUAUUUAUUUUUUUUUUUUUUUUGGAAACAUUUUAAUAGUUAUCGAAUGUUCUACAUCUUACAGUAAAUAUCGUACAGUUACAAACUCUUGGCUGAAAUCUGUCAGGGAGAUCACGACCUGAUCUUCAGAACCAAAACCAGAACAGAAAACAAACAGGAAAAAAAAAACCCCAAAUUUACACUUCAGAUGGACAAACCGAGGCUGUGGGGCUUCCAGGGCAUCAGUUCAAGGCCAUGUUCCCUACACACCUUUGAGACUUAGACAUGGAAGACAUGGUUACUCUUGGUUUUAAAUUUUUUUCUUGUUUUUUUUUUUUUUUUGUGUGUUUUUUUGUUUUUUUUAGUAUUUUUUUUGUAAUAUUUAUUUUUGCUUAAGAGGUCCAAUAAUAUUUAAAAACAAGCUGGCCUGGCGGUCAAAAUGAAUUUAAAAAAUCAGUUACAGAGAAAGAGGGGUAGGAGCCUGGCAUGGGUUUCCUCUGUGCUAGAGGGAUGGAUUUGGGUGCCAUCCUGCACCCCACUAGCUCAUUUUUCCUUCCUUCCUGUGCUUCCCCGGGGCUGCCCACCCUACAGAUUGCUCCCCCCAUGGCGCUCUGAUCCCGAACCCCCUUUGCCCCGGGAAAAACCCAGCUCCCCCCCUUGCAGGAAAAUGCAGCGAUGCUGCAGGUGGCCACGUUGCAGCAGGAUUUUUCCUUAUAAACAGCACGCUUGAGCGUUUCCAACCAGGAAUUGCUGCUGCUAAACCACAUAUUUUGCUAUUCCUGCUUUGCAAACAUCACUGUAACAGGUUAUUUUACCCGAUGACAGGUGAAUCUAUAAGUGCCACGGUGCAACACACCACAAAAACACCUUUUCCAAGCUCUCCUUCCUCCCAAGCUCCUAAACAGGCUUUAUUUUUCUUUUUUUCCCUAUGGGAAUGCAGAGAAACUAUCCAGAGCCUGCAGCCCGGUGCUCGUGGCAAAGCAAAGGGAAGAUGAGCAGAGGGUCGCCACGUUGUGGAGACCAUGAUGGGGGCGCCUGAAAUAUUGACAAUUAAAAAAAAAAAAAAACCAACAAACUAAAAAACCUGGAUUUAUGGAUAUCCAGCAGCUCUUAUUGCUAUUGUCAGCUGGUUGGGUUUUCUUAUAGAAAAUAAACCCCCCCAAUGUGUUUUUUCUCCCUCUUACAAAAGCAAGAUGUGAUUUCACGCCCUCUGGCUGGGAACAGCCUCAUCCCAAAUCUGCUGCAUCCAGCGGGAUGCAGGAGGGGAAGGAGGGGAUGGCAAAGUGGGGGGGGGGGGCGGUGGGGAGUGUCUCUCUGAUACCGGUGGAAAAAAACAGAUACUCUGAAACAUCCCUCAUUAACCCCAACCCCUUAAAAAACACUUCAUGGUAAUUACAGCUUGAAACUACAAAAAAAAAACCAAACAAAACCAAAAAACCAAAACCUCGCCUGGGUUGUUCUUAUUCUUCAGAAAAUACAGGAGCAAAUCCGGAGGGUUCAGCCGCUUGGAGGCGUGGUGGGCACAGGCACGGGAUGGGGGGCACCACCACGAUCAAGAUGCUUUUUUCUCCCCCCCCGACCCCCAAAUCUUGCAUUACAGCUCGUGUUUUAAAGCAGAGAUAAUGGCAGGGACGGGUUAAUUGUCAUAACGGCGGUUUGAGAGUUAUUUUCCUUCCUCUUUAGCUGGAAUUUUAAUCUCCAAGACACUUUGCUGGCUGCUAAGGAUGAUUUAACCCCUCCUGCUCAUGCCUGGUGUGAUCCUUCAGUGUGGGAAACACUUUUCCUCAACCAACAUCAGCAAAGCUUUGCUGAAGUCAACUAUUUGAGAAGCUGGUGGCCCCCAUCAGUGCAGCUCCCCUCCCCAAACGCAUCCCCCACUGGGCUGUGACCUCCCCAGGACCUUUGCUUAAGCCAUGACUUGGCCAAGGAAAGGGCUUGGGAUCGUGGGUUUUCCUUCCAUCCUUCCAUCUACCCAAAAACAAACAAACAAAAAAAAAUCACAUUCCUCCAUGGGCAAGGGGACAGGGUGGCAGGUCACUGCUGGCAUGAGCUGGGUGGUCACAAGCCCCACAUGGUGGCCAGGAGCAUCUCCCCACCACCACAGCCCCAGGAAGCCACCUUAGGAAGGAGCUACCCAAGCCUGGAGCCCUGUGGUGGCCCUGGAGCCAUGCAGUGCUCCAAGCCCAAACCCAACACCACUUGCCCAAUGUGCUCACCAAAGCCUCGCGCCCAACAGCCGGCAACCAUUUCACCCCUUCACACCUCAGUUGAGUUCAUGAGUAUUUUUGCCUGGGCAUAACAGGAUGAGGACCAUCAGAUCUGCUACUGAUCCAAGCGAAGGAAUUAAAACUAAACCGCCCCGUGUCGGCUCUCAUUAGCGGUAACACUGGGUGAUCCUCCACCUUUAGUGUUUUCUUUCCUUUCAGGAGAAAGCCUAGCACCUCCUUCCUAGCCAUGGGCCAAAAUUUUAGCAGUUGUUCCUAAAGCAGUUAAAGGUGAAGGGUGCCUAGGCCAGGGGUAGGACGGUAUCUGCUGGGAAAAGUCCUUCUCCUCAGAGCCCGGGCUGUGAGAUCAAUGUCAUAGUGCCGUUACGUUGGCUAGAGCUUCCGCUAUGCUACGUGUUUCAAUGCCGAUAGACAGCUCCUAAAUAGAACAUGAAGUCAACAACGAGAGCAAAAAAUGGCAUUUGAGAGGUCUUCAAUUCCUGUGAUCUAUUGUUUUUUUGUUUUUGUUUUUGUUUUUUUUCCCCAGCAUGCUACAAAUAGUGAAAGGACGAUGUAGUAUUGCCAUUUCCAAAUGUCCUGUUGCUCUUUACGUGCUAACCCUUGGCUUCAUCAAGCUGAAUCGGGCAACUCUCUGCUUACUCUUUUUUUUUUUUUUUUUCCUUUUAUACAAACUCAAA